AUGGGAGAUGAGGUGAUUCUAUUGAAUUUCUGGUUAAGCCCUUAUGGGAUGAGGGUCCGGAUUGCACUAGAGGAAAAGGGCAUAAAGUUUGAUAAUAGAGAAGAGGACUUAAGCCACAAGAGCCCUUUGCUUCUGCAAAUGAACCCAGUUCAUAAGAAAAUUCCGGUUCUCAUUCACAAUGGCAAACCAAUUUGUGAAUCACUCAUUGUUGUUGAGUAUAUAUAUAUUGAUGAGGUUUGGAAUGAUAAGUCUCCCUUGUUGCCUUCUGAUCCUUAUCAGAGAUCACAAGCUAGAUUCUGGGCUAACUAUGUUGACACCAAGAUGUAUGAGAUUGCCUCGAUGAUUUGGAGAAGUGAAGGAGAAGAGAAAGAAGCUGCCAAGGAAGAAUUCUUGGAAGGUGUACAGUUAUUGAAAGAACAACUGGGGGACAAGCCUUAUUUUGGUGGAGACAACCUUGGCCUUGUGGAUGUUGCACUUAUUCCUUUCAUAUGUUAUUAUCAUAACUAUAAUAUAUGUGACAAUUUCAUCAACGAGGCACGGUGCCCCAAAAUCAUUGCUUGGUCCAAGAGGUGCACUCUAAAACAGACUGUGUCCAAGUUAUUUCCCGAGGAAAAGAGGGCCAAAGAGUUUGUUUCGCAAAAGAGAAAGGAUUUGAAGAAUGAGUAG